AUGGCUGAGGGUACAUGCUUUGCACAACUUGCAGAAGUAGUUUCUAUGUUAAAGGGUGAAACUGUGCACCUGCGAAAGGAACAAGAGCACCACAAAAAUAUGCUGGAGGCAGUACUACAACAACUCAACAAUUUAGCAACCAGUUAUGAACAAUUGGCAGUACAAAGUACUAAUCAAGUACGAGGAGAGGAGUCUUCACGUGUACAAGGUCAGUUUAAUCAAAACCCUUUGUUUGACGGAAAUGGGGGGAUUCAUGCUAGGUCCCUUAGAUUAGAUUUUCCCAAGUUUGAUGGGACAGAACCCAUGGAGUGGAUUCUCAAAGCCCAACAAUUUUUUGCUUAUUUUAAAACACCCGAGGAUCAGAAACUGCAAAUUGCCUUCUUCCACAUGGAAGGCAAAGCAUUGUCUUGGUAUUGUUGGUUAAUGGAUUCAGGGCCUAUUGGUGGAUGGGAUGAAUUUAUUUCAGCACUUAAGGUGCGUUUUGGGCCUUCUACCUAUGAGGAUCCAGUAGGGGCGUUCACCAAACUUAGGCAAACCACUACGGUGGAAGAAUACCAAACUGAAUUUGAGAUGUUAUCUAACAGGAUUAGUGGGCUUACAGAGGAUUUUCGUAUUAGCACCUUUAUUAGUGGCCUACGGGAUGACCUGAAAAUUAUGGUAACUAUGCUUAAACCUAACACUAUUUCUGCUGCGUUUGGUCUCGCUAAGUUGCAGGAAGAGGAAGUGACUAGGAGGAAUAAGGGGAUGACAAGCAAAAAUCACAGCCAGUAUAUACCCACCAAUCCCUAUAUUCCCAAGCUGCCUGCACCCACACCCCUAAUGAGGGAGAAGGGACUUUGCUACUACUGCGAUGAGAAAUAUCACUUUGGACACAAGUGUACCAGGCCCAAGCUUUUUCUACUGGAAGGAUUAGGGGAAGAAAGGGAAGAAGAAGAGGAGGCUGACAACAGUGAAGGGAAUCUGGCCAUUAUUCAGGCAAAGGAUCCUGUUAGGGAGGAAAAAGAAAUUGGAGAGCUGUUAGGCAUUUCAUUACACGCCAUGGCAGGUUCUCUAGCACCUAAGACUAUGAGGAUUGAAGGUUUCAUUAAUCACCAAAAGGUUUUAGUUCUCAUUGACACAGGAAGCACACAUAGUUUUGUGGAUUCAUAUGUAGCAAGGAGGUCGAGACUGCCAGUGGGAGAGAGCCAGUUGACAGUCAAAGUGGCUAAUGGAGAUAGCCUUCCUUGCCAAGGUUAUUGUAGGGUAGUUUCUAUCCAACUACAAAAUUUAGGGGUUAAAGCUAACCUUUAUUUAUUGACUUUGGGAGGUUGUGAUGUGGUGUUAGGGGUUGAUUGGCUAAGAGGUCUCGGGUCCAUUUUGUGGAAUUUUUCUGACUUAAUUAUGCAGUUUAAUUUCAGGGGCAGUGAAUGUAAAUUGCAAGGGCUGCAACCACCUCGUGAAUCGUUAGAGGAAGGGGAACACAUCCCCAAAUUCAAAAAGGGAGUUGUUAAAGGAGUUUGGUUACAUUUAAUUGGGGCAGAAGUGAAAAUCACAGAACCCACUAGCAUCCCAUCAGUGUUAAAAAUAGUGAAAGAUUUUGAAGGGUUGUUUUCCGAACCCCAUGGCCUACCUCCACCCCGGAGUCAUGACCAUAAAAUUGUUUUGCAAGAGAACUCAAAACCAAUGUGUGUUCGUCCUUACAGGUAUCCCUAUUACCAAAAAGCUGAAAUUGAGAAGCUGGUGACAGAAAUGUUAAGCAGUGGUGUUAUACGAGGGAGUCAAAGUCCGUAUUCAUCUCCGGUGCUGCUGGUUAGAAAAGCGGAUGGAAGUUGGCGUAUGUGUGUGGACUACCGUGCCCUCAACAAAGACACGGUAAAGGAUAAGUACCCUAUUCCUAAUAUUGAUGAAUUAUUGGAUGAACUCUUUGGGGCUGAAAUAUUUUCAAAACUAGAUUUGCGCUCUAGUUACCAUCAAAUCAGAAUCAAGUUGGUUGAGGAUCAUUUACAGCACUUACGGAUUGUAUUGGAAACAUUACAGUCCCAUCAUUUAUUUGCAAAGCAGUCUAAGUGUAGCUGGCCACUGCCCAAAAGUUUGAAGGCCUUACGAGGAUUUUUGGGACUCACUGGGUACUACAAGAAAUUUGUGCAGGGUUAUGGCACCAUAGCAGCGCCCCUAACUGCUCUACUCAGGAAAAAUUCAUUCGUGUGGUCUGAUAAAGCACAGGCCGCAUUUAAUAGGCUCAAAGAAGCUAUGGUUAGUCCUCCAGUUUUAAAAUUACCUGAUUUCACUAAGAGUUUUGUAGUGGAAUGUGAUGCCUCAGGAGAAGGAUUGAGAGCUGUUCUAAUGCAAAAGGGAAGACCAAUUGCCUAUCUAAGUCAGGGAUUGAAGGGUAGAAGUCUCAUGCUUUCAACUUAUGAGAAGGAAUUAUUAGCCUUGGUGAUGGCCAUAAGGAAAUGGAGGCAUUACUUGGUAGGGCAGCAUUUCAAGGUCCGUACUGAUCAGCAGGCCUUGAAAUACCUACUGGAGCAACGGGUGGGUACCCCUGCUCAGCAGAAGUGGGUGUCAAAACUGCUAGGGUAUGACUUCUCGGUAGAAUACAGAAGUGGGAAACCAACAAAGUAG